AAUAGUGUUCAUUAGCUAUUAACACGUGAUGUUCAGCAGCUUUGUAAGUGACUUCUUGUGCCUUGGCUUUCUCUGAACUUUUACUUGUUUUCUUUUAAAUGGUAGGAAAAGACAGAAUUAUAUUUGUGACCAAAGAGGACCAUGAGACACCAAGCAGUGCUGAGCUGGUUGCAGAUGACCCAAAUGACCCUUACGAAGAACAAGGAUUGAUUUUGCCCAAUGGAGAUAUCAAUUGGAAUUGCCCAUGUCUUGGUGGAAUGGCUAGUGGUCCCUGUGGGGAACAAUUCAAGUCAGCGUUUUCUUGUUUCCACUAUAGCACAGAAGAAAUAAAGGGAUUUUACCCUCAAGAGGAUGAAGAAGAAGAGAAAGAGAAACCAAGCAAAGAUUUAGAAGCUAAUCCUACGGAGGCUUCUGUAGCCAAAGAGGAGAAGGGAUCUAGCUAAUGAAGAUGCAAGGAGGCUGUUGUCUCCACUUUGUAUUUUCAGACAUGGACUUCUGCAGAGUGUCCAUCUUUUGAGUCAUCAAGAAAUGUUUCACCACUGUUCUAUUCACUGCAUCAUAGUAAAUAAUUUAUUGCAGGAGAAAUCUCAGUGCUACAGCCUUGCAAAUAAAUACUGCAAAAAGAAUGAAUAUGUGUAUGUACUAAGUAACCUGUUAGUGGACACUCACAAUACUUUAAUAGUUAUUUUUUCCCUCAAAUUCUCAGCUAGUCUUUUGACUUGAAAAAUAUCUCUAAAUACAUAAAACAUACAACUUUCAACUAAAAUUUCCACUAGUGCACCAGGUCUGUCUUCAUUUCAAUGUGUUCUGAUUAGUAGCUGUUCUUUCUUUUUCUUCUUCUUUUUUUUUUUUUAUUCUGUCCUAUGACUAGAAAUUGAAUUAAAAGACUGUUUUUCCGUAAGGCUUUUUUGCCAGAGUGAUUCAGGAUGUUGAAAAUGGCUUAAUUUAGAAUUUGUUAAUUAAUUUCAAAUGGCAUUAUUUAGAUUAUGGUUGCGUUUUACUACUGACAUCAGGUAAGGACUGCCACAGAAAUGUUGGAAUGUGUGGCUCCUUUGAUUUCAUUAACUGAUUGUGAUAACUUUUACAUUUUCAAAAAUGCUUUGUUGUGCAACUUUUGAGAUGAAUGGAAAGAAUGCUGAUCACUUGUUUUAGUUUUGCUCUGAAAGCAGUGUUUUUGAGUUUUCUUAGUUAGUGUCUGCUUCUUCAGUGUAUAGACAGGCUCUUAUAAAAUGCUUUGAGAUUAAAAUGAAAAUGUUACCUGGUGUAGUGAUCUUGAAACAGAUACUGUGACUUAAGUGCAUAUUAAAAAACAAAUACUUUUUACGUUCAUUAAAAGCUCUUGCUUCUC